CCAUCCUUCAUUGUAUUUUAUUUUCUUUUGCAGCCGAUCGACAUUAUAAAGUGAUGAAGAAAUACAACUUUCAUGAAAACAAGAAAAGCAGAUUGUGUGUAGUGAAGAAAGAAGGGGUACGUAGUAAUGGCGAGGAUAAGCUUACAACACCUUCAAAUUGUUUCAACACAAAUCAUUAAACCUUCUUCUCCAACUCCUCCCAAUCUCAACAUUCAUACCCUCUCCCUCUUUGAUCAGCUCGCCCCCCAUACUUUCGUGCCUCUCGUCUUCUUUUUCUCCCAUCAAGGUCCCGGCCGUUCGGGAACUUACUACCACACUACUGUCGACAAACUUGAAUUGCUUCGACAAUCUCUUUCCACAACUCUAUCUCGCUACUACCCUUUUGCGGGUAGGAUCAAAGACAAAAUCUCGAUUGAUUGUAACGACGAGGGGGUGACUUUUGUGGAGGCUUGGCUGGAGGGAGUGACGGUAUCGAAGAUUUUGGAAAACCCACGAAGUGAGAUUGUGGAGAUGCUAUUUGUUGAUGGGUUACAAUGGAAAGAUUCGAAAAUGGGAAGUUUGUUGAAGGUUCAAAUAACGUUGUUUGAAUGUGGAGGAUUGAGUAUUGGAGUGUUGUUGUCUCACAAGCUUGGGGAUUUGGCGACUUUAGUGAAGUUCGUACAAGAUUGGGGUCUGAUUACACGAAAUAACGGUUUUUGUGAAGAAGAAACAGUAAACCCGCUUUUUUUCUCCGCGGAUGUGUUCCCUCAUGGCGACUUACCCGCCAUGUCCGGCGCCGUGAUUGAAGAAGGGAACUUCACGUGCAAAAGGUUCGUGUUCGAAGGUUCAAAGAUAGAAUCUCUCAAAAACAGGAUUUCGGAGAAGGUACAGAAUCCAUCUCGGGUUGAAGUUGUGUCAGCAUUAAUUUACAAAGCCAUCAUUUCAGCAUCCAGAAAUAAUAAUAAUUCCCAAAACCAAUCCACACUGUUGUUACAAACACUAAAUUUACGUAAAAGAGUGGUGCCUCCGCUGCCGGAAACUUUAGUCGGAAGUUUAGUGUCGUUCUUUCCCGUGGGUGUGGACGGAGAAAGAGAAGUGGUAGAGCUACACGAGCUGGUGGGUACAAUGAGAAAAGAAAUGGGAGAGUUUUGUGACAGAUAUGCGAAAAAAUACAGAACAAAAGAGUGGCUUGAAUUGAUCAAAAAACGAUUAAACGAAUCGAGAGAAAUUUUGAGCAAAAAUGGGAACAAUCAGUUGGUUUAUAGAUGUAGUAGCGGUUGCAACUUUCCGAUUUAUGAAGUGGAUUUUGGGUGGGGAGUGGCGGAUUGGGUUACUAUGCCGGCGUUUAAGAUGAAGAACACUGUCAUGAUGUUGGACGCCAAAAAUGGCGGCGGAAUUGAAGCUUUGAUCAGUUUACAGGACGGGGAAAUGGCUGCCUUUCAGGACAAUGAGGAGCUUCUUGCUUUUGCUUCUUUGAACCCAAGUGUCAAUUGAUGGUUAAAUUCUACCUUUGGUCGAUGUGAUUUGAGGGAAUGUUUGAGUUUAGUCUUUAUGGUUUAUUAAAAUCUUACAAAUAGUUUUUAUGAUUUUUUGAAAUCACAUCAAUAAGAACUAUUUUAAGAAGAUUUUAUAUAUGGAACCAAAAUGAUUAAAUUGUAAUUAUAAAUUAAAUGCACUAAAUUUUUUU